AUGGCGCUGCCCCUUCUCUUUCACAGAAGCCUCGGCUUAGUGUCACCAAACCUAGUUCGGGCAUGGCGGGCCGCCGGCGAGCGUGCGUUUCCGUUAGGGAGCCCGGGCGGCCUCCGGCUGCGGCUGCAGCAGCGCGCCCGGCGCCCCCUCCCGCCCAGUCCCCUCCCCCUGUGGCUCUCGCUCGCCCUCUUCACUCCCCCGGCAGCGUCGGCCGCCUCCGGGUGCGCAGGGCAGCGGUCGGCACGCGAACCCCUCCUGCAGGCGCCCCGGCGUCACUCGAGCGUCGAGCCCCGGGCGCGCGUGUCGUCCCCCCCGCCCCCCAGUCGCCGAGCGACGAUGAGCCGAGGCGCGGGGGUCGUGGAGAGCAGUGAUGAUCACAGUGCCUCUUCAGAAGAAAAAGAUUGCCCCAGUCCCAACCUAGAUACUUCAAAGGACUCUAAAUCAGGUGAGGACAGCAGUUCUGAGAGCAGUUCUGAAAGUGAAUCUGAUAAUGAGACUCCAAAACCAGAAAAAACAAAUGGGGAGCUAAGAGAAUCUUCCACCGAGGAAGCGUCUAAUCAGGAAUUUAAUGAAAUCCAAUCUCACUGUGAACACUGUAAUGCUGAAAAUAAACACAAUGAACUAGUGACCCCCAGGCUCCUUUCCCGGGGACAGUUUUUACUGAAGGUGGACACAGAGGGAACUUACCAGUGCAUGGAGACUGGUCUGAUAUUUGAGGUUAACAGAAAAGUUGACAUCAAGUAUUGCGUCCUGUCCUGGAGCAAAUACGCGGACCUGGUUGUGAAGCCCUGGGUUGUCGGUGGACCCUUGUUUGAUGUUAAAUGUGACCCAACCUGCCUUACCUCCAUUCAUUUUCCACAUUCCCUCUGCUUGGGUCACUGCGAUGCCAACAUGACGUUCAAAGUCUUACAUGUUAAAAGUACUGGGGCCUCGUUAGAAUAUACUGUGGACCAUUCUGCAACCCAUGUCAAAUGGCACGUGAGCUCUCUUUCUCCUGUGGGACCCGUUAUUCAAAGCGAAGAAACAGUAUUCCACCACGGGGCUGUGAUCCUGUACAAAGCCAUCGACCAUAACCCGUCCUUGUCUUUUCGAGUGUACAUAGCAACCAAUAAUGAGUCCUUCAUCAAGGAUAUUUCCAAGUCUGUAAAGCACUCCUCUAAGAAAUUCAUGAAAAUCGACAAGCCUCCCGUUUGCCAGAAGUUGUUGCAGAAUGGGAAGAAGUACAGGCUGAUCAGUGAUCCAGAAGCUGAAAUCACCCCCGAGGAAAUUGAAUUUGUGGAUGGUUCACUUUUAAAAUUGAAAAGUUAUAGUGAAGUGUAUUUGGAGCAACCAGUGGAGUUUAAAUUACUUUUGGUUGAAAUGGAUUCCGAGGAAAUUGUAUGGAAAGCAAAACUGAGAGAGUGUGACUGGGUUCAGCAUGAUCAGAACCCGAACAUUUCGAAAAGCAGCACAAGUGGUAAUAGGCGGCGAAAGAUGAGUAGCAGCUUACCCGAUGAGGUGGUCUAUGAUAAAAGAAUGAAGCAGAUUGGCACUUCAGAUGGAGUGAAGACUAAAACCUUGUUAACAGACACUCAGUUGAUUAACCUUGCUGAGAAGUUGGGAAAGGAGUGGGUAAAGAUUGCCAUUGCCAACCUGAAGUUGAAGAUUAGCGAUAUUGAUGCUAUCCUGGAGAAGAAAGAAGAUGUCACGAUCAAUAAGUUUAGGAUGCUGAAGAAGUGGCAAGAAAAGGAGCAGAGCAACGCCACAGCUCAGAAUUUAUGGAACUGCUUGAAAAACAUCAAUUCAGUUGAAGUCCAAGAUGUGCUGAAAGGUUUCUUACAGGAAACGUGAAGUUUGGAAGAUGAGCUGAAAAAGGAAGCUUCAGGAACUUUUACCUGCAAAGACCCUCGCCGUGGUAAUUGGGUGUGGACUCCGGAAUCUAGAGCUGCACAGCCUGUGGAAGCAGCUCCUUUCACAGGCUGCCCACAGCUCACAUUAUUCAGGGGCAAAGGGAAUGAAAGAUUUGGAAACCCUGAGGAAGAAAAAAACCUCUGCAAUAUCAAGAUUUUUUUUUUUUUUGUACCUCCCACUCACACCUUCCCACCCGCUUCCCCACCCAAACAAAUACACUUGCAAAGGGUGCUUAAAAUGACGCAACGCAGUCAGGUGAGAAGUGCGAUAGUUUUCCUUUUGGAGUCUGUGAACUAUGAAAUAUAUAUCAAGUGUUUGAAACAUUUUUAGCAGUUAAGUGUUGGAGUACUUAAAUGGCACAAUUUCGUUUAGCUUUCUUCCUAAUGACAUUAAUAAUAAAGAGAGGUUCCUGUUCUUUUAGCUCCCACGCAGUCAGACACUUACGUGCCUCCAGGUACAAUAUGUCUUUUUAUGUGGGGUGUGAUUUCCACGUCUCACAUUACUAACCAGUCUGGCUAGUGGUCUGUUAAAGCAUUAAACCAAUCAUGUUACCUGGUCCUAGGGUGAUUAGAAAGGAAUGUAAUCCUCUCCCCAUCAGUGUUGGUGCAAACCCUCAGAGGUGAUUGCCUCAUCUCACUGGGCAAGUUCAGCUGGGUCCAUCUUCAGAGUCCCUGCAGGUUCAUCAACCUUCUGAAAUCACCAGGCCAAACACUACAUUUCUUGACUUUGGCCCCUGGGUCAUUUACUCUGGGGAGGGUUGGCGGGUGGGGAGCACAGGAAUGCCACUCAGAAAUAGCCUUAGCCAGGACCAAGGGAAAACUGUCAUCUCUUCUCAAAGAGGACUUGCCCCAGGGAUCAUGGGCCAUAUUGGCUCUUGUUAAUGGGUGAAAUCUUUUUUUUUUUUUUUGGUAUGUAUAGAGACUGU